AUGGGGUUUGUAAUACAGAACCUUGGCCCUUCUGAUAGAUUAUCUGUUGUUAGCUUCUCAUCGAUUUCCCGCCGCCUCUUCCCCCUACUCCUCAUGACUGAUUAUGGUAAACAAUGUGCACUACAAGCUGUGAGUUCUUUGGUUGCUGAUGGUGUGACAAACACUGUAGAAGGACUCAAGAAGGGAACAAAGGUUAUUGAAGAUCGAAAACACAAAAAUCAUGUCCGUAGCAUCAUGCUGCUAUCCGACGGGCAGGAUUCUAACACAAAGACUAUCAACCUUAAAGAAAUUUCAAGGUUAGGAAUUCCAGUUCAUACAUUUGCAUUUGGCGCAGACCAUGACCCCAUCAUGUUGCACUCGAUCGCAGAGGGUUCCAAGGGAACCCUUUCUUUUAUUGAAGCUGAGGGAUUAAUACAAGAUGCAUUUGCUCAAUGUAUUGGUGGUCUCCUGAGUGUAGUUGUGCAAGACUUGCAAGUACACAUCCAAUCGCUUGACCCUUAUGUUUCUAUUAGUCAUUUAAAAGCAGGUAGUUAUUCCACUUGUUUGACAGGAGAUAACCAAACAGGAUCUGCCGCCAUUGGGAAUUUGUAUGCAGAUGAAGCGAGAGAUUUUCUCGUGCUGGUCAACAUUCCAGUUGUAGCAGGUGGGAAUUUUGAUGAUCAGAUGAAGUUGGUUAGUGUGUGGUGUGUUUACAAAGAUCCUUUUAUUAUAGAAUCUGUUACCACUGAAGCUAUAGAAGUGAAACUUCAGAGACCCGAAAUGGUUAAUGAAGAAGAUAUGGUUGUUUCAAUUGAGGUUGAUAGGCAGAAGAAGCGGUUGCAGGCCGCUGAGGCAAUGAGUAAUUCGCGUGCUGCUGCUGGGAGAGGUGAUCUCCCCACCGCAUGGUCUAUAAUUGAUGGUUGUAGGAUGCAGUUAUCAGAUACUGCCUCUGCACAUGCAGGUGACAAAUUAUCUGUUCAUUUAGAUUUUGAGCUUCAAGAGGUGCGAUCAAGGAUGGAAAGCCAGGAAAUAUAUGAAUCAACAGGAAGGGGAUAUCUACUUUCAGAAAUAUGUUCACAGGAGAGUCAAAAGGCUACAGCUCGAGGAGAUUCUACUGAGAGCAUUUACCAGACAGCUUCGAUGAGUAAAAUGGUUCAACAAUCUCGUGCAUUUGUUCCAAACCCACUUGCACAUAACUUAGGUACAGUCUCCAGCUCCUCCACUUCACUUUUGAGUACACUUCCAAUGACAUCUAAUGGUGGCGGAGGUGGAGGCACUGCAGAUGAUGGUAAUAAGGCUUCCAAUGGCAUCUAG